AUGGAGGCGGAGGCAGAGUGUGGUAGCGCCGGCGGGUGGUCGAAGGUGGGAACAUCGCUUCCCGUCACGAGCGUGCAGGCUCUGGUGGCGUCCGCCGUUGAGCUGACGGCCGACAAGAUCGGACGGUAUAUCCAGCCAGACAUUGACGCGCACGCCGUCCUCCCCGAGCUGUCCGACGAGGUUCCGGUGAUCGACAUCAGCAAGCUCUUGAGCGCCGAGUCCGCUGAAGCAGAAACCGCCAAGCUCAGAUUUGCCUGCGCGGAGUGGGGCUUCUUUCAGGUUGUAAAUCAUGGAAUACCGAUUGAAGUCAUAAUGGGUAUAAAGCAGGACAUUCAAAAUUUCUUUCAACUCCCCCUCGAAGUUAAGAAUAAAUAUGCUCAACGCCUAGGGGAUCUUCAAGGGUAUGGCCAAGUGUUUGUUGUCUCUGAUGACAAAAGCUAG